AUUUCAUAUUUGUCAUGCAUUCCAGGAUACAAUGUCACGAAUUUUAAAAACUAUUCUAUCUGCAACUUGGUUGAUAUUCAAAUCCUUGAUUUAUCUUAUAACAAGUUUAAUGGAGAAGUUCCUCAUUGCUUGGGCAAUAAUAGUACUCAAUUAGUUGUAUUGAAUCUCCAAUCAAAUAAUUUCAAGGGCAUCAUUCCAUCAGCAUUUUCUACUUGUGAUUUAUUAGAAUAUGUAGAUUUCACUGACAAUCAGUUAGAAGGAUCUAUACCAAGGUCUUUAUCUAAAUGUCAAAACUUGAAAGUCCUAAAUUUGAGGAACAACAAAUUCAAAGAUGUAUUCCCCUAUUGGUUAGGUAGCCUUCCGUCUUUAGAGGUUCUCAGCCUACCCUUUAAUAAAUUUCAUGGAGAUAUAAGCAACAAUUUAUCAAAGAUUGCAACAUCUCCUUUUUCAAAUCUACAAAUUCUCGACCUUUCAAACAAUAAUUUCUGUGGUAAGUUGCCAUUCAUGUACAUCAAACAAUUUCGUUCCAUGAUGGACAUGUCUACUACUAUAGGAAGUCCAAGGUACUUAGAAGAUGAAUUUGGUAAUUAUAAUAUAUAUAUGUACUCCAUCAAGAUGAUAAUAAAGGGGAAGCAACUGGAAUAUAAGAAGAUAAUUACUUCUAUGUCAACAUUUGAUAUGUCUAAUAAUCACUUUGAAGGAGAGAUUCCACAUUCUAUAGGGAUGUUGCGAGCACUUCGAAAUCUUAAUCUCUCGCAUAACCUCCUUACAGGAAACAUCCCUCCAUCCAUCGGGAACUUAUCAUUGUUGGAUGGUUUAGACCUAUCACCAAAUAGGCUUAUCGGUGAAAUCCCUCAAGAACUUGUUAGUUUAACAUUUCUCGAGGUUUUUAAUGUUUCAUAUAAUCAACUGGAAGGGCCUAUACCCCAUGGUAACAAUUUUGAUACCUUCUUAUCUGAUUCGUACCAGGGAAAUCUUGAAUUGUGUGGAGCACCAUUACUUGAAUGCAGAAACAAUAAUGUUGUGCAAUCUUUGAACAAUGAUAAUGUGGAAGAAAAAACAAAAUUAUCGAUGUGGGAAGUUGUAGUGAUUGGAUUUAUUUUUUUUACACCUGGAUCCGGAUCCGUGAAUUUCAUAUGGAUCCGGUGCCGACCCGAAUCCGCUGGGUCCAAAAAAUUAGGAUCUAGAUCCGUCAAAACAGAUCCGGAUCCAGGAUCCAUUGUGAUCUCUACUCUCACCCAUUUCAUGCUUCACAUCUCAUUCCUGAAAUCCUCCUCACUUUCUUACUUCAUUUCAUCCUUGUCUCUCGAUCUCACUGUAGUUAAGAUUUUGUUGGUUCGUUCGUUUUUUGUUUGUUUGAUUCGUCUUGAUGAGGCUUCACUACGAAGUUAUGAAUUGCUCGAAAAUGAGACCGAUGGAUUGCCAUUGUUAUUGAUAGUAGAAGAAUUGCUAGAAAGAGGAUACUCUUGUAUGAAUCAAAAUAUGAAUGCUGGUUUUGAUGCUUACGGCUUUGAUGCUGGAAAUAUGAAUCAAAAGCAUUGA